AUGGUCUUAUCGAAAGAUGGCAUCGAACCUUUGAAAGCAGCACUAAUGGCCCGCGGUAACUCCGUUCAGUGGACGGAUGAAUUGCCUACAGUGCUUUUGGGAUUACGCACCGCACUCCGCCCCAACGGAAAAUUUAGCCCGGCAAUGAUGACAUACGGAACAACACUCCGUUUACCCUCUGAUUUCAUCAUCCCGACGGCUAAGUUAAGUCAUGAGGAAAAUGACUACAUUCGUCGGCUUAUGGACACCAUGGCAUCGCUCAAGUCUACAUCUUGCUCUAACAGUACUGGACGAGAGCCGUUCGUGCACAAAGACCUGGCAACGUGCACACAUGUUUUCGUGCGAAACGAUCAAGUUGUUCCUCCGCUGACUCCGCCCUACGACGGCCCUUACGAAGUUAUCAAGCGUUACGACAAAUACUUUAAGAUCAAGUUACCGCUUCGUUCAGCUGUGAUAUCGCUAGACAGGCUUAAGCCAGCCUACAUCUGCACUGAAACGAUCGAGGAGACAGCCGACCUUAGUUUUCGACAGUCUAACCAGCCCUACGUCACCAGAUCCGGGAGAGUGGUAAAACCAAAUGUACGCUUCGCUUGA